ACAAACAUAACCACACAAUACUCAAACACAACACUCGAUCAAACACAACACUCGAACACAUUACUCGAUCAAACACAACACUCGAACACAACACUCGAUCAAACACAUCACUCGAUCAAACACAUCACUCGAUCAAACACAACACUCAAACACAACAUUAAUCCAAGUUAACAAAACACACAUUAUGGAAUAUGGAAAUGGGCAAUGCUUCGACCCCAACGCUUCAAUGGGGUCUAACUAUGAUGAACAAAUGGCAUUGGCUUCGAGUUGCCCGAAAAAGAGGGCAGGAAGGAAGAAGUUACAGGAAACGAGGCACCCGGUGUACAGGGGAGUGAGGCAGAGGAAUGGAGACCGGUGGGUGUGUGAGGUCCGAGCCAAUAACAACACUCGUAUAUGGCUAGGCACAUACCCAACUGCUGAGAUGGCUGCACGAGCCCAUGAUGUAGCUGCAUUGGCGCUUAGAGGUAGUAAUGCAUGCCUCAACUUUGCCGACUCUGCAUGGAGGCUGCGUGUUCCUGCAUCAGUUGAUCACAGGGACAUUCAGCAGGCAGCAGCCGAGGCAGCAGAAGCUUUCCGAGGUGGAGGAUCAGAGGUUUAUGCAGUGGAUCAGAAUAGCAACAUAAACAACAAUCAUGUUAUGGAAACUUAUAAUUAUGGAGAACAAAACGGUGAAUAUGUGGAUGAAGAGGCGGUAUAUAACAUGCCAGGGUUACUGAUGAAUAUGGCUGAAGGAAUGUUACUCCCUCCACCUCAAAAUUCAUAUGGAGGAUACAACUGGAAUGAUGAAACUGAUGACUGUGAAGUCUCACUGUGGAAUUAUUAAGCAUGGACUAUAAGAUCCCUGAAACAUUAAUAUGAAUAGUAGUAUGAACUAUGAAGUAUUAAGUCCAGAAUAUUGAGCAAAUAUUUAUCAGUGUCAUAAUCUGGACUCCACUUAGCUUGAGCUUAAUCAAUUAAACUGAAUCCUUUAAUGUAUAACUUUUCACAUUUUUGUCAACGUACUAAUGGAAAACUGUGAGUAUUAAUAUCUCUAA